GAGGCUAGUCCCGGACCCUCCCUCUCCACUGCUCUGCUCUCCUCUCCUCACUUGAGCUCUGAUCGCGAGCCUCAGUAACUUUCUACAGCGAGAGGGAUGCAGCGCGCGUUCAGCGCAGCCUGAAAAUGGCAACCCUUUGGAUUUAUCCGUCCCUUCUUUUCUUUCUUUUCCCCUCCCUCACACCGAGUCAAGCCUUACGGAAUUACCCAGAGAAUGAAGUUACAUUGCUGGACACUAUGUCUGCUCUGGGAGACCUUGGCUGGGAGGCCUACCCAUCUGAAGGGUGGGAGGAAAUCAGUGUGAUGGAUGAGAGGAACACUCCCAUGCGCUCCUACCAGGUGUGUAAUGUGAUGGAGGCUAAUCAGAACAACUGGCUACGCACACGCCACAUCCCACGAGAUGGAGCGCAGCGCGUCUACAUCGAGAUUAAGUUCACCCUGCGUGACUGCAACAGCCUGCCUGGAGUCCCUGGCACCUGCAAAGAAACUUUCAAUAUGUACUAUUACGAGUCCAACAACGCCAAUCUGUGGUUUAUCAAAGAGAGCCAGUACAUAAAGAUCGACACUAUCGCGGCCGACGAGAGCUUCACGCAGACUGACGUGGGCGAUCGUGUUAUGAAACUGAACACAGAAGUGAGGGACAUCAGUAACUUGAGCAAGAAGGGUUUCUACCUGGCUUUCCAAGAUGUGGGAGCCUGCAUCGCUUUGGUGUCCCUCAGGGUCUUCUAUAAGAAGUGUCCUCUUGCCGUUCUGAACUUGGCCCAGUUUCCAGACACGGUGACAGGGGGAGAUUCGGCUUUGGUGGAGGUUAGGGGAUCUUGUGUGAAUGACUCGGAGGAGUUUGAGGCGCCGAGGAUGUACUGCAGUGGAGAUGGCGGAUGGCUGGUGCCCAUCGGACGCUGCGUCUGCAAGCCAGGCUUUGAGGAGAACAAGGACUACUGUCAACCCUGCAGGCCAGGCACCUACAAGGCCUCUUCCAUGGAUGCCUACUGCACCAAGUGUCCUCCUCACAGUUUCUCCCAUCAGGAGAAAGCCUCCGAGUGCUCCUGCGAGAAGGGGUUUUACAGAGCGGACAUGGACCCGCGGUCAAUGGCCUGCACUCGGCCUCCGUCUGCAGCCGAGAACCCUAUUUCCACCCUGAACGACACCUCUGUGACUUUAGAGUGGAGUCCUCCCAGAGACAGCGGCGGCCGAGGGGAUGUCACCUACAAUGUCCACUGCAGAAAGUGUGCCAACGAUGGCAAAACAUGCAGCCCCUGCAGCAACAGCGUCCAUUUCGUACCUAGACAGUUCGGUCUCUCGAUCCCUAAAGUGUUGAUCACGGACCUGCUGUCCAACACCAACUACACCUUCAGCAUAGAGGCGGUGAACGGAGUGUCCGAUCUGAGCCCGACUCCUAAACAACAAGUCACUGUCAACAUCACCACCGGUCAGACAGUGAAUGUGAUCCUGAAGGAGAGAAAGAGUAAAGACAGCAUCACGCUGGCCUGGCAGGGACCCGACAGACCAAACGGAGUCAUAGUGGAAUAUGAAGUCAUUUACUAUGAGAAGAACCAAAGAGACCAGAACUACACGGUUCUGAAGACCAAAGCCCACACAAUGACAGUGGAGGGGCUGAAGCCGGGCACCACCUAUGUUUUCAGAGUGAGGGCACGCACUGACGGAGGGUACGGCAACUACGGUGGAGAGAUAGAGCUGGAGACCAGUCAUGAGGAUAUGCUGGCCAUUGGGGACCCUAACCAGUCCACAAUCCUUGCAGUGUCCAUAGCCGGUGGCAUUGUGCUCCUUAUCUUCCUGGUGGCGUGUUUUGUAGUGAGCGGACGACAUUGUGGCUACAUUAAAGCGAAGCAAGAUCCAGAUGAAGAAAAAAUGCAGUUUCAGAACGGGAGAGUGAAACUGCCAGGCAGCAGGACGUACGUUCACCCCCACACUUACGAGGACCCAAAUCAAGCCGUCCGAGAUUUUGCCAAGGAAAUUGAUGCCUCCACUAUACGUAUAGAGAGAGUUAUAGGCGCAGGUGAGUUUGGUGAGGUUUGCAGUGGCCGUCUGAAGCUCCCCAGCAAGAGAGAAAUCUACGUGGCCAUCAAAAGUCUGAAGGCAGGAUACUCUGAGAAGCAAAGACGGGACUUUCUGAGCGAGGCCAGCAUCAUGGGCCAGUUCGACCACCCCAACAUCAUCAGACUGGAGGGAGUCGUUACCAGAUGCAAGCCCGUGAUGAUUAUUACAGAGUACAUGGAGAAUGGAUCGUUGGAUACUUUCCUAAAGAAACACGAUGGGCAGUUCACAGUCAUUCAGCUGGUGGGGAUGAUGCGUGGAAUCGCUUCAGGAAUGAAGUAUCUGUCUGACAUGAGCUACGUUCACCGUGACCUGGCGGCACGCAACAUCCUGGUGAACAGCAACCUGGUGUGCAAAGUGUCCGACUUCGGCCUGUCCAGAGUGUUGGAGGACGACCCUGAAGCUGCGUACACCACACGGGGCGGAAAGAUUCCCAUUCGAUGGACGGCCCCUGAGGCUAUAGCAUACAGGAAGUUCACCUCAGCGAGUGACGUUUGGAGUUACGGCAUCGUCAUGUGGGAGGUGAUCUCAUAUGGAGAGCGGCCUUAUUGGGAGAUGUCUAAUCAAGACGUGAUUAAAGCUAUAGAUGAGGGUUACAGGCUGCCCGCUCCGAUGGACUGUCCCGUCGUCCUCCACCAGCUGAUGUUGGACUGCUGGGAGAAGAGCAGAAGCGAACGGCCCAAAUUUGGGCAGAUCGUCAACACUCUUGACAAACUGAUCCGCAACCCAAACAGCCUGAAAGAGCUCGCUAACAGCUCGGUCUGGGAAGACCCCACCACCCCAGAGUUCAGUGUGAGUACGGUGGAUGAAUGGCUGGACGCCGUCAAUAUGGGCCAGUACAAAGACAACUUUGCCAGCGCAGGCUAUGUUUCUCUAGAUUCCAUACUGUACAUCAGCCUGUGUGAGUUAAGCAAGAUGGGCGUGACUCUGGUCGGGCACCAAAAGAAGAUUCUCUCGGCCGUCCAGAGUUUGCACGCACAGGGGACUCACGUGCAAGUAUAACAAGCCUUCUCCACCGCCUGAGAGCGUACAGACUGAGAGAGUUACCAACUGCUCCCACCGCAGUCCCACCGCAGCUUCACCGUACAGAUCCCACCCUGGAUGUUUCCGCAUACGACCCUUUUGUCAGCACUCUGGCUUCCGUCCACGCACGUCCGAGCUUCCUACAGGCAAAGGGACACACCGAGACCGAUCUACAACCGCUUGACAAGGCCACGGCAAAUCAGAUAUGAAGUAUGGUUAUUAAAAGAAGAACAAUUAUACAAUUCACAACUUGUGUUUCAGUUUCAACAUGUAUUUCAUAUGUGACGUUUUGCAUAUCAGAGGUCGAACUGUUAUUCGUAAAAGGAGGGUUGUUGGGGUUUUUUUUUGUUCUCACAUCCGUGUUUGGGAUAUCAGUCUGUCCUCCUACAUCACUUAUAAGCCACAGUGAAAUAUCAGAUGUUUAUAAUAUAUUUAUUUUGUCGUAAGUGAGGCAGCGUUUGAGCACUGAUGGAUUCAGGUCGCAGUUUCCAGUAUGCAGGCGAAAAGGCGACAGAGGUUUGCGUUCGACCAGCAAAGAUGGCCGGAAACAUCUGCGACGAAAAAGACGACGUACACGGGACGACAAGAUAAGCUGAGAAAUAACCGUUCGUCAUCGCCAUGUUGCUUAUGCAAACAGUGCAAACACACUUCCAGAUGUCUUAAAUAAAAUUGGUAUCCACUGCAAAGUUUGUGCACAUCACAUCCAGUAAAGACAGCUCGGAAAGGUCAUUUUCAUCAUGAAGUGCGCGUGCGCGUGCGCUCUUGUGCACCAUCGUCUUUACGUUUACACUCGUAGUGCGUGACGACUAUUGUACUAUAGUGUAUAAAAUGUACAGUGUUGAUUUAAAAAAGAAGACAAAAGCGAAAAAACACGAGAAAAACUAGAAUGUUUGUAAUGAUGUACUUUUAUUUAGAAUGAAGAGGAGGAAGCGGCCCGUGUGGUGGCGUUAUCACCGUCGUUCGCCGAUGUGCGAUAAUAACUCAUCUCUGGAAUGUAGCAUGGAUCCUAAGCUUCAUCUUUGAUUGACAGGUGACAGUGACUGCAGUUUUUUCACUCAAGUGGUGCCCUUAGCUGCUUGACUUUAGAUGCCUUAUUAACUGUGCAGUUCUCUCUCUCUUUUUUCUCGUCCUCCCCUUAGAAACGAUAUCAUGAAGUAUAAUGUAUAUAGUAUUUAUCAUUGCGUCAUUGAGAAGCCAGGCUCGACGUGUUUACCGUUGUUUUAGUCUGCUGUUUGUGGAAACGCGUAUAGGGACGGAGAGGUUUUCACGACUCUAUUGGACCCAACUAAAUUCCUCAUGCUAACUUUACCGAGACUGAUUUGCUGCACUGUAUAUUUUUGUACUAGUGAGGUUGUUCUGUAAAGUAGAAGUCUACCUGUUUUAUUUAAAUAUAUAUGAGACGUAAAUACAGGAACGGAUGGAAAUGGGAGAUAAUCAUACUUCAGAUCGUGAUUCCCUGACGUCAUUUCACAUUUUGGUUCCUUUUAUGUCAUUGUUUUGAUGCUUCAGCACAGCACUGUAACUCAUCGCAAGACCGCCUCGGAUUCUGUACGUUUUUUUUUUCUUUCACAUUUCCUGCGCUGCUUUUGUGCGAAAAUCUGCGGAAUUUUGCUGAAAGGAAUUGAAUAUGCUAAAAUAUGUUUAUUCAAAAUUCAUUUAAGGGAUUAGGUUAUUUCUAGAUUAAAAAUUCCUGAUGAUUUACUCACCCCCAGGUCAUCUAAGAUGUUCGUGUCUUUUUUUCUUUAGUCGAAAAGAAAUGAAGGUUUUUGAGGAAAACAUUCCAGGAUUUUUCUCCAGAUAGUGGACAUCAAUGGGGAUCAAUGAGUUAAAGGUCCAAAUUGUGGUUUUAAUACAAUCCCAGCUGAGGAAUAAGGGUCUUGGCUAGCGAAACAAUCAUUUUCUAAAUAAAAUAUACAUUUAUAUAAUUUUUAACCACAAAUGCUCAUCUUGCACUAGCUUUGCGAUGUGCGUCUAUGACUUGUGGUUAGUUCUUCGUCUGUGUACUUCAUAUAAAAAAUUUGGUUGGGUAAUAUAAAAAACUCUAAUUUUCUCCUCCAAUGUCAUCCACCAUUGUUAUUUAACAUUUCUUUUUGUGAAAGACGUUUUACUUUUUUUGCAAGUUUCCUUGCGCAGGUCAGAAAGGCCCUGUUGUGCUUAAUACAAAUGUGGUCAUAAAUGAAAAUCAAAACUUUUUGCAGUCACAUCCUCAUUAGGAGACUCUAUGAAAUGUUUUUUUAUGUUUAGUUAUGUUUAGUUCUUAGUGCCACUUAAAUUUAAACUAAUCUGAGGCACGCAAAUAUGGCCAAUAAAAUAAAAUGUUGGUACUUCCACCUACAUCACGCGUGACCUUUCCAACGUGAUUACAGAAUGCGUGAAGUCAAGCUAGUGCAAGAUGAGCAUUUGUGGUUAAAAAUAUAUAUAUAUAUAUAUAUAUAUAUAUACUUUUAUUCAAGAAAAUGAACAAUCAUUUCGCUACACUGUAAAAAAAAAAAAAAAAAAAAAAAACUUAAAACUUGUUUCAACUUAAAAAAGUAAGUGUAUAUUCUGCCUUAAAAUUUUCAGUUUACUCAACUGAAAUAUUCACAUUUCCAUGUAGUACAACUUAAUAUUUCAUGUUGACUAAACUUAAAAUUUUAAGGCAGCAUGAACACUUACUUUUUUAAGUUGAAACUACUUUUUUUUUUUUUUUUAAGUUAUUUCUUUUUUACAGUGUAGUGAAGACCCUUAUUCCUCGCUGGGAUUGUGUAGAGCCCACUGAAAAUGUAAUUUGGACCUUCAGUUUGUUGGCUCCCAUUGAGAAAAACUUGUAAAAAGUUUUCACCAGUUUCAACUUAAAAACUAAAGUUCAGCAGCUGCCUUAAAAUUUUAAGUUGAAUCAACUUAAAACUCCAAAGUAAUUUCGACUACAAUAAAGUGAGUUAAAAUGACUUGUACUUUUAAGUUGAUUUAACUAAAUUUUAAGGCAGCGGCUAAACUUAUGUUUUUAAGUUGAAACUGUUGAAAACUUUUUAGUGUGGAAUGUUUUCCUCAAAAACCUUAAUUUCUUUUCAACUGAAGAAAGAAAGACGUGAACAUGUUGGAUGACAGGGGUGAGUAAAUUAUCAGGAAGUAAAAAAAAAGUCAGAAUUCUGUGGCCGCAGAUUCCAUGUGGGUUUAAUUACGCACACAUAACCACAGUUCCUUUCAUCAAUUUUUAGGGAAAAUCCAUCAUCAUCUGUUAUUAGAAGAUGUUUAACUGAAUACCUUUCAUAAAAUGUGAAUAAAAUGUGAACAUAUUUAGUUCCCUUAAUUAAAUGGCAUAAGCAGCAUACGUUUAAAAAUAUAAGUCAUACUGAUAAAUGCAAGGAUCACUUAUAACUAUUGCACUUUUCUUUAGUUUUUUUUUUUACCCCAUGCAUAUUUUAAUGAGAGAGAGAGAGAGAAAAACACUCCCUUAAACCAGUGAUUAUGCAUUUAGAUGAAUUUUGUUCUGUCCUGAGAUUGUUAAUGAACUAAAUCUGAGAUUUCAAUAUAAAAGUAAUUGCAGAAGGCCAGAAACCCAUCCAUUUUUAUGCUCAUUUUUUUCAAUCCAAAAUUAAAUCCAUUCAACUCUGUCUAGGGAGGCAAUAUGCUGAUGUGGCAAAAUUGCAUUGAAAUAAUAAAAACAUAAUGAUGAUGGUGAUGGUGAUGGUGAUGAUAAUGGCAAAAUUAAUGACUAUUAAUAAAACAUAAGCUCCGGUUUUUACUACUGCAACAUAAACUUUCCAGUUUUGCAAAAAAGAAUUCUAUCUAUAUAUCUGUUCACCAAAUGAAUCAAAGCAGGUGUGUGACUAAACAGUGUUAGUGGCAGGAUGUGGAAUGUUGUUAAUAUGAUAGAAGAUGAUAGAUGAAUCUUGCUUAUAAAUUGUCUAUCGAGUUGUUGUCUUUUGUUCCGCCCCGGCUCUGUACAUGUGUUUGGGCUGAUCCUUUGUGAAUGAUCUCUGUUCUUUUGUAAGCUAUGUGCCCAUCUCUCCACACACUGCAGGUUUCUAUGAGCUCGCAAAAAAGGGUGUACGCAUUGAGAUUCUUCAUGUCGCUGUAAUAAAUGCUAAUAUUUUUAAUUUCUCA